GAGGGGUCCUCACAGACAGACCAGCCCCGUGCUCUCAGUUACUUACCUGCCUCCUCCUCUAUUUUCUCUCCUUAGCGCGCAGACUCUCCAGUAUCCACGAGGGCCCAGGGAUCUUGUCUGCUUCACUUGGUCCCUGAAUUCUCGAACCUAGAACCGGGCGAGGCACAAGGACUGCAGAGGUGCUGCCAUGGGGCUUAAGCUGUCCUGCCUGAAAGGCUUUAAAAUGUGUGUCAGCAGCAGCAGCAGCAGCCACGACGAGGCCCCCGUCCUGAGCGGCAAACACCUGGACGUGCCCAACAUCAUCAUCACCCCCCCGACCCCCACGGGCAUGACCCUGCCAAGAGACUCGCGGCAGUCAGUCUGGCCGGAGGAGACGGGGUCAUACCAGGAGGACGGAGAAACAGACCCUGAAGCCUGAGGUAGAGGCACGUGGCAGGGAUUUGUCUGAGGGGCUCCUGCCCGGCCGCCCCCUCCAGGUGCCCCAGGGAGAUGUGGCUGCUGGGACCGAUGUGCUGAGAGGGCCAGAAGGGAAAAUGGAGUGAUUCCGACUCCCGGCAGGGGCGAGCCACGCUGGACCAGAAGAGGUGUGGCAAGAUGAGCAAGGAAUCAGCCCCACUGCUUCCGGAACAGUCUUCCUGGGGCCCCAUUGUGGGGACCAGCCCUCCAGCGCCCACAUGCCCUUGCUGGCCCCGGUGUGGGGGAAAGGGGAGAGACCUUCCCUGCAGACCCCUGGGGAGGACGUGCACCCUCAGCACCCUGCACCAGGCACCUGUGUUCCAUGUCAACACAAACAACUUGCAAGAGGAGCACCUCCGUUUUUUACAAAUUGUCUUAUGGAUCUCAAAACAGCCCAAAAAGUGGUUUGUAAUUUCUUUUUGCAUAAUAAAUAAAAGUCCUUUGUAAGGGAA